UUCUUGGACAUCUUGUCUGUAAAUCUUUGACCACUGUGCUUUUGGAUAGGGAGGACCAUCUACUAUACAUUUAUUUAUGUAUUUAGGAUUAAGCUGCUUUUCUCUCUGAGAUGUUGGUAUCCGCUGGUAAAUGUUUGCAAUCAGCCUCCUCAUCUGACCCUCUUCAGAUCACUUGCAGGUUUUUGAGUGAUUUUGACGCUGUGUGAUGCAAUGCGCAGCCGUAGAUCUGCUUCUAUUCUUAACCUUACGGUAGGGCAAAAAAUAAAUUAAAAAAAGAAUCUGACGUGGGGGCGCAACUCCAGCUGGGAGAGACACCAGCGCGCCGAGGACGCACCUCAACACGAAGGACAGGCCGACCGACCAGACGGGCUCCUCCCGACCGCAGCUUUCUGACUGUCGGUCCUGCUGAUCCGAGGAUUUAUCCGCAUAUAAAUCCUGCAGAGGCGGCGCCACAGUUUGAAAGGAUCCUCAGAUUUGCUAAGCGGCCAGCUCAGACAACGUCCCCCUGAGAGAGAACAUUUGUUUUUAUUUAGAUAAAAAAAAAAAAACGAGACGCAUUUCGACAUGUCCAGCACCCAAAGAGACAGUGGAGCCUCCACCAACUCAACAGAAGCCAAGAAAACAGACCCAAGAUGGAAUGAGAAGAAAUGCUCUUGGGCCUCCUAUAUGACAAACUCUCCAACAAUGAUCGUGAUGAUCGGCCUGCCUGCAAGAGGAAAGACCUACAUGUCAAAGAAACUCACACGUUAUCUCAACUGGAUUGGAGUCCCAACCAAAGUGUUUAACUUGGGCGUGUAUCGCAGAGAAGCAGUCAGAGCCUAUAAAUCUUAUAAUUUCUUCCGCCACGACAACGAGGAAGCCAUGAAGAUAAGAAAGCAGUGUGCUCUGGUGGCUCUGCAGGAUGUGAGAGUCUACCUAACAGAGGAGGGGGGUCAGAUUGCAGUUUUUGAUGCAACAAACACGACGAGGGACCGCCGAGACCUUAUUCAAGCUUUCGUGAAGGAGAAUGGCUUCAAGGUGUUCUUUGUGGAGUCAGUGUGUGAUGACCCAGAUGUCAUUGCUGCCAAUAUUCUGGAAGUUAAAGUCUCCAGUCCAGACUACCCUGAGAAACACAGAGAGAGGGUAAUGGAGGAUUUCCUGAAAAGGAUCGAGUGCUACAAGGUCACCUAUCAACUGUUAGAUCCUGAUGACUAUGACAAGGACCUCUCUUUUAUCAAGGUUAUAAAUGUGGGCCAGCGUUUUCUGGUGAAUCGAGUGCAGGACUACAUCCAAAGCAAGAUAGUUUAUUAUCUCAUGAACAUCCACGUGCACUCACACUCCAUUUACCUGUGUCGACAUGGAGAGAGCAACCACAACGUCGAAGGACGCAUAGGAGGAGACUCUGAGCUUUCUCCAAGAGGAAAACAGUUUGCCCACGCCCUGCGAGAUUUCAUUGAUGAGCACAAACUGUCGGACUUGAAGGUGUGGACAAGCCAGCUGAGGAGGACCAUCCAGACAGCAGAAGAGCUUGGUGUGCCUUAUGAGCAAUGGAAAAUCCUCAACGAGAUUGAUGCUGGGGUAUGUGAGGAGAUGACCUACCAAAUGAUCCAGGAUUCCUUUCCCGAGGAGUUUGCUUUGAGAGACCAGGAUAAAUAUCAUUACCGCUACCCUGGAGGAGAGUCCUACCAAGAUCUCGUACAGCGUCUUGAGCCUGUUAUCAUGGAGUUGGAGAGACAGGGCAAUGUGUUGGUUAUCUGCCACCAGGCUGUGAUGCGCUGUCUCUUGGCUUACUUCCUGGACAAGGGUGCAGAUGAUCUCCCAUACGUGAAAUGUCCCCUCCACACAGUGCUUAAGCUAACUCCAGUUGCAUAUGGUUGUAAAGUGGAGAUGUUUUAUCUGAAUGUGGAGGCAGUAAACACACACCGAGACCGGCCACUUGGUAAAAAUCCGAGGGACUCUGCUCUCAUACAUCGCCGGAAUAGUUACACUCCCUUGUCCAGUCACGACCAGGUCAAGCGGCCCAGGCUCUACAGCGCGGGCAACCAGCCAUGGCUACCGCUCGCCCCUACUCCGUCAGCUCUGAUGCCAGAGACACUGCAAAGCCAAGCUCGGACAGGAGGCAGUUGUUUGAGUCCCUGUGCGAAGGAAUCGACUUUGAUGACAGCGAAGAAACUAGUGGCUGUUUUCGCUUCUGAGUGAAGGUUGGAUCUUCCUCCGCUUUUCUUCGCAGUUUCUCGGGCCUUUUAUGAGGCAAACAAUGGAAGGUCUUUUUUCUUUUCAUUUUUUAGCAUAUUCCAGAUAAUCGUAAGAUGACAGGGAACAGAACAGUUCCCGCUCAAGAUAUGAACAUGUGAGCACAAAAUAACAUGUUGCACUCUCUCUUUCCUCUGCAUGUUGAGGCUUUAAACUAGAAACCCCUAUCACUGAUAUCAUUCAGUCGUGCAUGUGCACCAAAAGUACUUAGUCAACCAAUGCAUGCUGUACUUUACAGCUCUGGUGCCAUUUUCUUUGUAAUGCCUCAGUAAAUGUAAAAUAUAACAGAAAGUAAUAAAUAAUCUGUUUUCACAAUUGCACAAAGUAGGUGAUAUGGAAAUAUUUUACAAUAAAUAUAUAUGCAUAUGCUCUAAAAACAUUCUGUAGUAGUGAUUCUUAUUGGAUGGACAACAUCUGUUACAUCUGACCUGGAAAGAAUGUAGUCAAAAUAAAUAAAGGAUUGUUUUUAUUAGUUUCCAUCUUUUUCUGUCUCGUCUAUUGGUUCAGCCACACAGACCAACCUUUGCUCCCUACAUGCAUCACUGAGCCAUGUUUUCCCAUGACCCAGUUCACCCUUCUUCCUUCCUUUGGUCAUUUUUGAUAGAUGAUAAAAUAAUUUUUUACUGCUUUUAUCACAUCGACUUUGAAGAGAAAAUAAUGUAAUUGUAACUUUGUAAUGUCUGAUUAUCGAUAAGUUAUUGUUUAAAACAGUCUUCUGUGCCUUUUAGGAGUCAAUAAAAUUACAUUUUUAAGAAUUA